GGCGGCAGCAGCGGAGGCGGCGGCUCCAGCCCGCGCGGCGAGGGGCUUGGCGGCGGGAACCGGCAGCAGUGCGUAGCUCCGCGCUCCCUGCCUCGCUCCCUGCGGGGACCGUCGUAGGGCAAAGCGCCGAGUCCCCGGGGCCCGAGGGCGCGAAUCCAACCUGGUCACAUCGUCCCACCCCUUUGGUUUUGGAAGUUUCGAGAAAAGUUUGGUCUGGAGGAGGAGGACAUUGAUGCACUCCGUGUAUAGCCAGUGGUGAAGAGAUGGCCACUCCUGUCCCGUGGGCCUGCUGUGCUGUGCUUGCUGCCGCCGCCGCCGUAGUCUACGCCCAGAGACACAGUCCACAGGAGGCACCGCACGUGCAAUACGAGCGUCUGGGCUCAGAUGUGACACUGACGUGUGGAACAGCAAACUGGGAUGCAGCUGUGACGUGGCAGGUGAACGGGACAAACCUGGCCCCUGACCUGCUCAAUGGCUCUCAGCUUGUGCUCCGUGGCUUGGAACUGGGCCACAGCGGCCUCUACGCCUGCUUCCACCGUGACUCCUGGCACCCGCGUCACCAAGUCCUGCUACACGUGGGCUUGCCGCCGCGGGAGCCCGUGCUCAGCUGCCGCUCCAACACUUACCCUAAGGGCUUCUACUGCAGCUGGCACCUGCCCACCCCCACGUACAUCCCCAACAUCUUCAAUGUGACCGUGCUGCACGGCUCCAAAAUUAUGGUUUGUGAGAAGGACCCGGCCCUCAAGAACCGCUGCCACAUCCGCUACAUGCACCUGUUCUCCACCAUCAAGUACAAGGUCUCCAUAAGUGUCAGCAAUGCCCUGGGCCACAACGCCACCGCUAUCACCUUCGAUGAGUUCACCAUUGUGAAACCUGACCCUCCAGAAAACGUGGUCGCCAGGCCAGUGCCCAGCAACCCUCGCCGGCUAGAGGUGACGUGGCAGACGCCCUCCACCUGGCCAGACCCUGACUCCUUUCCUCUCAAGUUCUUUCUACGCUACCGACCCCUCAUCCUGGACCAAUGGCAGCAUGUGGAGCUGUCUGAUGGCACAGCGCACACCAUCACAGACGCCUAUGCUGGGAAGGAGUACAUUAUCCAGGUGGCGGCCAAGGACAACGAGAUUGGGACGUGGAGUGACUGGAGCGUGGCUGCCCACGCCACACCCUGGACUGAGGAGCCCCGACACCUCACCACUGAGGCCCAGGCCCCGGAGACCACGACCAGCACCACCAGCUCACCGGCGCUCCCGCCCACCACGAAGACCUGUGACUCUGGGGAGCCAGGCAGCGGUGGAGGACCCUCGGUCCCCUUCUUGAUCAGUGUCCCUGUCACUCUGGCCCUGGCUGCCGCCGCUGCCACUGCCUACAGUCUCCUGAUCUGGUAGGAGGCGGGGCCUUUUUUCCUUCUUGUGUCUUGGAGUGAGGAUCCCAGAUCAAAGGCUGAGUCACAGACAUCUUCCUGACUGCCUCUGGAAGUCUGAGUAUCUUGAGGGGAGAAUACUGUGGAAAGUGGGGAGGGGCAAAGCAAUCCAGAGAGUCCCAUAAAUGCUCCCUAAAGAUGUCCCAGAAUGGGAGGAGCGAGGGCUUGGGAAGAGAGGAUCCUGGACAGUGAGAUCCCAACCUGGGCUUCUUAGCAGAGACCACAUGAAUCACAGCAUGGAAUACUUGGGACUUCUGCACAGUUGGGAGUAUGGGGUGAGGGAGACUGCCAACACGACCUGCCUAACAGUCCCAAUCUUCCUAAAUGUAGUCUAGGAAACGGACUACAUUUAGUUUAAUCAUUUUAACUAUUUUUAAGUGUACAGUUCUAUAGUAUUAAGUAUAUUCACAUUGUUGUGCAACUAUAUGUUUAGUUUAGUUUAAUAAAAUAGAUAAACAUUGCCAAUUUUGCAUUCUCACCACUGGGCUCUUUUGUCAUCAGAAAAACACACAGCAGUGCAGGCAGGGGAAACUGUGGAGAGGCAGAGGACACUCCAGGUGGGAAGGGCAGGGGAAGAAUGAAGAGAAAGGCAGGAAUGGAGGAGUUGUUGUGGGCUGAAUGGGAGCUGGAGCUGCGGAGAUAGUGGCGGCAUCAGGAAGUCUGUAAUUCAGAGCCAGGCUGAAGUUCAGGGGUUUCUCCUGAGAGUCAGGGGACCUCAGGAUCUGGCUGACUUGCAUUUGGGAAAGACAGCUCUAGGGCCAAUGGAAGGUGAGAGGAAAGACAAUGUGGAACACAUGGUGUGGGAGUUCUGGUAAGGUGAUUUGAAUGACACGGAAUGCUCUAGAGCAAGCAGGGAAGAACUAAGGCUGAGACAGUUUUUUAGAGCACACAGUCCCUAAGUCUUGAUGAAUGUGGGGAGGGGAAGGAAGAGUCAGGAAAGAGUCUUGCACAAGACCUGUUGAUGGUAGGACCGGCCAUUCAUUGACUUAGCACAGGAGGAGGAUCGAAAUUUGGGAAAUUAAGAAUAGCUAUGGUUUAGCCAUUCGAUCACUUGCCUAUGGGCAUGCAGCAAGUAAGCUCAGAUAUAGAAAUGUCAGAUGGAAGGCACCUGUGGGCCUCUUGGUAAAAGGCAUCUGGUCAGUAGUUAAGAUAAUAGACUCCUGGGUCAGAUGAGCCUGGGCUUCUGUUCACCUUGGACCAGCUGACUGAUCUAAGGCUCAUUUCCAUAAUUGGAAAGAAGGAUAAUAGCACCUAUCUCAUAGGGCUCUUGUAAGGGCUUAAUAAGAUGAUGUAUGUAAAGAAAUUAGCACAAAACCUGUCAUGUUGUAAACAUUUCAUAAAUCUUAGCGUUUAGCAGCAACAGCAACAACAAAUGUUGGUCUGGCACUGGAGAGAGAGGCCUGGAUUGGUGUUAAAACAUGGUCAGCACAAACUUGGGCAGGAUGAAGCCACCGACAGAGGAGGAGCUCAUUUAAGGAGACGAGAGAAGAGAGUGGGCGUGUGUAAACAGUACAGUCCACCAGAGAAGCUGAGGAGGACAAGGGAGACAGUUGCUGGAGUUACGGGCAAGUUAGCAUGUUGGAAUUUUGAUCCUGAUUAUCACCUGUGGAAACUUAGAAAGACCUCUUGAUUGCCUUGAACCCCAGUUCCUUCAUCUGUCCCGUGGGUCUGUUAUGCUUGCAGGUUAGGAAUAUCUAUGAUGAAUGUAAAGCUAUGGAGGAGGAGGAUGGCAGCUGGAGCUGCUAGAAGGAGGAAUAAAGGUUCCCAGCAAGAAGUAGCUUUGUGAAAGACAAGGGAAGAUAGUUUCAAAAAAGAAUCAACAGUUUCAAUGCUGUCAAGCAGUCAACAAAAAUAAGACUAAAAAGUAAUUCCUGGAUGAGACAAGGAGGUGAAAGUGAUUUUGGUGAGCCAGCUUCAGGGAUGGUGAGAAUAGAAGAAGGUGGGGGCAGCAGCUAAGGGGUGUGGGGAGAUGGGGAAACUGAACUGAGAAAGGAGGUGACAGUCUUGCAGGGACAUUGAGGAACCAGAAGUGGGGAGGGGGCCAGUGACAGGC